AUGGACAUGGACGUGGACGUGGACGUGGACGUGGACGUGGACAUGGACGUGGACAUGGACGUGGACGUGGACGUGGACAUGGACGUGGACGUGGACGUGGACGUGGAGGUGGAUAUGGACGUGGACAUGGACGUGGACAUGGACGUGGAUGUGGACAUGGACGUGGACGUAGACAGGGACGUGGACGUGGACGUCGACAUGGACAUGGACGUGGACGUGGACGUGGACGUGGACGUGGACGUGGUCGUGGACGUGGACGUGGACGUGGACAUGGACGUGAACGUGGACGUGGACGUGGACAUGGACGUGGACGUGGACGUGGACGUGGAUAUGGACGUGGACAUGGACGUGGACAUGGACGUGGACGUGGACAUGGAUGGGACGUGGACAGGGACGUGGACGUGGACGUGGACUGCAAUGGACGUGGACGUGGACGUGGACGUGGACGUGGACAUGGACGUGGACGUGGACGUGGACAUGGACGUAGACGUGGAUGUGGACGUGGACGUGGACGUGGAAGUGGACGUGGCUGGGACAUGGACACGUAGACGUGAACGUGGACGUGGAAGUGGAUGUGGCUGGGACGUGGACGUGGACGUGGACAUAGACGUGGACGUGGACGUGGACAUGGACGUGGACAUGGACGUGGACGUGGACGUGGACAUGGACGUGGACGUGGACGUGGAUGUGGACGUGGACAUGGACGUGGACGUGGACGUGGACGUCGACGUGGACCUGCACGUGGACGUGGACGUGGACGUGGACGUGGACGUGGACGUUGACCUGGACGUGGACGUGGACCUGGACAUGGACGUGGACAUGGACAUAGACGUGGACAUGGACGAGGACGUGGACAUUGUCGUGGACCUGGACAUUGCCUUGGACGUGGACAUGGACGUGGACGUGGACGUGGUCGUGGACGUCGACGUGGACGAAGUGGUCGUGGACGUGGACGUGGACAUGGACGCGGACCUGGACGUGGACGUGGACAUGGAUGUGGACGUGCACGUGGACAUGGAGGUGGAUGUGGACGUGGACAUAGACGUGGACGUGGAUGUGGACUUGGACGUGGACAUGGACGUGGACGAGGACGUGGACGUGGACAUGGACGACAUGGACGUGGACGUGGACGUGGACGUGGACAUUGUUGUGGACGUGGACGUGGACGUGGACGUGAACGUGGACGUGGACGUGGACGACGUGGACCUGGACGUGGACGUGGACGUGGACAUGGACGUGGACGUGGAUGUGGACGUGGACAUAGACGUGGACGUGGACAUGGACGUGGACGUGGACGUGGACGUGGACAUGGACGUGGACGUGGACAUGGACGUGAACGUGGACAUGGACGUGGACGUGGACGUGGACAUGGACGUGGACGUGGACGUGGACGACUUGGACGUGGACAUGGACGUGGACGUGGACGUGGACGUGGACAUGGACGUGGACGUGGACGUGGACGUGGACGUGGACAUGGACGUGGAGGUGGACAUGGACGUGGACGUGGACAGGGACGUGGACGUGGACGUGGACAUGGACGUGGCCGUGAACGUAGACGUGGACGUGGACGUGGACAUGGACGUGCACAUGGACGUGGACGUGGACGUGGACGUGGUCGUCGACAUGGACGUGGACGUGGACAUGGACGUGGACGUGGACGUGGACGUGGACGUGGACAUGGACGUGGACGUGGACGUGGACAUGGACGUGGACGUGGACGCGGACAUGGACAUGGACGUGGACAUGGAUGUGGAAGUGGACGUGGACGUGGACAUGGAGAUGGACGUGGACGUGGACGUGGACGUGGACGUGGACGUGGACAUGGACGUAGACGUGGAAGUGGACAUGUACGUGGACGUGGAAGUGGACUGGACGUGUCUGGGACGUGGACAUGGACGUGGAUGUGGACGUGGCUGGGACGCGGACGUGGACGUGGACGUGGAUGUGGACAUGGACGUGGACGUGGACGUGGACGUGGACGUGGACAUAGACGUGGACGUGGACGUGGACGUGGACAUGGUCUUGGAUGUGGACGUGGAGGUGGAUGUGGACGUGGACAUGGAUGUGGACGUGGACAUGGACGUGGACGUGGAAAGGGAGGUGGACGUGGACGUGGACGUGAACAUGGACGUGGACGUGGACAUGGACGUGGACGUGGAAAGGGACGUGGACGUGGACGUGGACGUCGACGUGGACGUGGACGUGGACAUGGACGUGGACGUGGACGUGGACGUGGACGUGGACGUGGACAUGCACGUGGACGUGGACGCGGACGUGGACCUGGACGUGGACGUGGAUGUGGACGUGGAUGUGGACGUGGACCUGGACAUGGACGAGGACGUGGAUUUAGACUGGACGUGGCUGGGACGUGGACAUGGACGUGGAUGUGGACGUCGCUGGGACGUGGACGUGGACGUGGACGUGGACAUGGACAUGGACGUGGACGUGGACGUGGACGUGGACGUGGACAUAGACGUGGACGUGGACGUGGACGUGGACAUGGUCUUGGAUGUGGAUGUGGAGGUGGACGUGGACGUGGACAUGGAUGUGGACGUGGACAUGGACGUGGACGUGGAAAGGGAGGUGGACGUGGACGUGGACGUGAACAUGGACGUGGACGUGGACAUGGACGUGGACGUGGAAAGGGACGUGGACGUGGACGUGGACGUCGACGUCGACGUGGACGUGGACAUGGACGUGGACGUGGACGUGGACGUGGACGUGGUCAUGGACAUGGACGUGGACAUGGACAUGGACGUGGACGUGGACAGGGACGUGGACGUGGACGUCGACAUGGACGUUGACGUGGACGUGAACGUGGACGUGGACGUGGACGUGGACAUGGACGUGGACAUGGACGUGGACGUGGACGUGGACGUGGACGUGGUCGUAGACAUGGACGUGGACGUGGACGUGGACAUGGACGUGGAAGUGGACGUGGACGUGGACAUGGACGUGGACGUGGACGUGGACGUGGACAUGGACGCGGACGUGGAUGUGGACAUGGACGUGGACAUGGACAUGGACGUGGACGUGGACGUGGACGUCGACAUAGACGUGGACGUGGACGUGGACAUGGACAUGGACGUGGACGUGGACGUGGACGUGGACGUGGUCAUGGACGUAGACGUGGAAGUGGACGUGUACGUGGACGUGGAAGUGAACGUGGCUGGGACGUGGACGUGGACGUGGACGUGGACAUAG